AUAACAAUGGCCAAGUGUCAUCGGAACAAUAUCGGAUCUCUUAUUCUUGACCGUGCUCCUACCACUUCUUCCUCUACUUCCGGCAACCAUUUUCGGCUCUGGAGCACCUUCUCUAGAUCCGCAUUCCGCAGGAAGAUCUUCGACGCCGUUAGCUGCGGCGGUAGCUCACGUUACCGGCACGAGCUCCGGAAAGAGGAAGACGAGGGAAGUUACGUGACGGUGACGGAGAAGUCAGCGGUCUCAUCGAGGAAUGCGAAAGCCAACACGAUUGGGGCGGCGUUGAAUGGCGCAGCGUUCGAGGAGAAAGCGAAGAAAUCGGAGAAGCUCUGCGAUCUGUUGAACUUAGCGGAGGUGGAAGCUGACGUGGAGACGAAGAAGAAAGAGGAAGCGCUUGAGCUGCUGAAGCGCGUGGUUAGGGAGUUACAGGCGGCGGUGGCGGCGCGUGGGAACGAGGACGGUGGAAAUAACUGCGACGGAUACUGUCGGAAGAAAUUAGCGGCGGCGAAAAUUAUCUAUGUGAACAAAGCAGCCAUUGUAAAAGCAGGCGCUGUUCACAAAAUGCUGAAGCUAAUUGAGUCUCCAAACACGCCUGAUCAAUCAAUCGCAGAAGCCGUGGUCGCCAACUUCCUCGGGUUAAGCGCUUUGGAUUCAAACAAACCGAUCAUCGGUUCUUCGGGUGCGAUCAUCUUCCUAGUGAAAACACUCAAGAAUCUGGAGGAAACAAGCAGCUCACAAGCGAGAGAAGACGCCCUGAGAGCUCUCUACAACCUCUCGAUCUAUCAACCAAACGUUUCGUUCAUCCUCGAGACAGAUUUAAUCGCGUUUCUCUUGAACGCGUUGGGAGAUAUGGAAGUGAGCGAGAGGAUUCUCGCCAUCUUGAGCAAUGUAGUGGCAGUCCCGGAAGGAAGGAAAUCAAUCAGUUCGGUUUGCGACGCAUUCCCGGUUUUGGUCGAUGUACUGAACUGGACCGACUCUCCCGGGUGCCAAGAAAAGGCGACGUACGUACUAAUGUUGAUGGCUCACAAGGGAUACGGAGAUCGACAAGCAAUGAUUGAGGCGGGGAUCGAGUCAUCGUUGCUUGAGUUAACUCUUUUGGGAAGUGCGUUGGCUCAGAAGAGAGCCUCGAGGAUAUUAGAGUGUCUUAGAGUAGACAAAGGGAAGCAAGUUUUGGAUAGUACCGGAUCAUGCGGAGCCUUAUCCGCACCAAUCUAUGGGACUAGAGACAACGGUUUGAACCACGAGGAGAGCGAUUUGAUGAUGAGCGAAGAGAGGAAAGCUGUGAAGCAGCUAGUGCAACAGAGUUUACAGAGCAACAUGAAGAGAAUCGUGAAGAGAGCUAAUUUGCCACAAGACUUUGUUCCUUCAGAGCAUUUUAAGUCACUCUCUAUGAGCUCCACUUCAAAGAGCCUCCCCUUUUGA